AAGGUCUUGCCCUGGAGUUGCGAGUGUGGUAACAGCUGACCCACUGCAGCAGUCUGAGUGACUGUGCUCUCUGGCUCCCUCACAGGCAGCAGGAGGCGGAAGGAGGGGGGCCUGAUUGACUGAGACCAGCAUGGAAGAUUCUGAUGGGGACCUGUCCAUUCAGAGAGAUGCUAUCUUGUCUGAGUUAUAUCAUAUUCAGCUCACCACCAAGAAACUGGUGCAGGACCUGAGAUCUUUGGUGGCUUUAACUGACCCAGAGGAAGGGAAACUGUUUCAGUCUCAAGAGACAGCCUUAAAAUCACUGGAUAUUUGGAAGACCUUAUUUGCUGCAGCUGAGCCCAAGGAAGAGCGCACAGCUGAGUAAUAGCCCAAAGAUGGGAGAUGAAGGUGCUGGUGAGCCCUUUAUGGGUAUAGUGACUGGUGGGGACAAAGAUUAUGAGGGCACUCUACCUUCUGACACAGUUUCACUCAGUGAUUCAGACUCUGAAGACUUUGGCUUAGCAGAUGAAGCGGAAGUCGAUACAGUUUCUCCAGAAAAACCACCAUCCUUGGAUGAUGUAGGUUAUGGCUCAGAUGAGAUCCUUGAGUCUUCAAACAAUCUUAAGUCUCCUGUCCAGCCAUUCCAUCUGAAAGGCAUGAGCUCUACGUUCUCGCGGCGAAGCCAGAGCAUAUUUGAUGGCCUGGAAGGGGCAGCCAAAUUAGCAGUGCCCUCAAUGAGUGAAGAUAACAUUAUUGAUGGGAGGUUUAAGCGUCCUCUGCCUCCACCCACUCUUUCAAGCAAGAUGGUUGCAGAGAGCCUUGGAAGGCAAAGCAAGCCACCCCCAGCUUCCAAAAGCAGUCCAGCAGUCCCUGACUACAUGGCACAUCCAGAACGUUGGACCAAGUACAGUCUGGAGGGAGUUUCAGAGUCUAGUGAUAAGACCAACAGGAUGGCUGCUAUGGAGUUCCUAGAGGGUUUGAAGAAGAAAGGAGAAGAACAAAGCUCAGCUACUGAAGACAGCUACACUCCAUAUUUCAACCAGGACCCUUCCAGCUAUGGUGCUGGAAGGAUAAUCUUUACCAAACCCACAAAAACAGGCAUGCAUGGUUCAGACAAAAGAUCACCAGAGGAGGAUGGUAAGAAGCUUAUGAACACAAUGCAAAGUCUGAAUCAGAAAUCUCCCAAGAAGACCAGUUACCUGAGUGAGGAGGAUAAAAUUGAGCUGGGCCAUUUAGACUGUGAAGGGAAGAAGAUGAUGGAGGAAGAGGAGUGCUUGAAGUUGGAGAAUUCGGGUACAAAAAGACAACAUGAAACAGUUUCUACUCACACAGGUGAAGAUGAUUUGGUGGAAACUGUAGGGUUUCAUGGGAGUAAGAAAAGGAGUAGGAAGCAUUUCCGUCUCAAAGCAGACCAUGAAGAGGCUGAAGAGUCUUGAAAGAGAGAAACAAACUAGACCCAUCCAGGUGCUUCAGUGAUAUAAGGCUACCUUUGUUUUCUCCCUCUUGGCUCAUAUCUCACUAAUGGGGCAGGGGCAGGCUUUUGUCUAGCACUCAGUUUUACGGUUUCCAGAUAUGCUAUUUUGAAUGUGUUUGUCAGAAAUUAAGGCACCAAAACCCCAUCCACAGACUGGUUGUUGCAGGAAACAGUGUGGAUUCAGCACAGUCCUUGGAGUAGAGAGUGUAGUGUAUUCUCUUGAGCAAGCCCCUUUAACUGACACUGGUGCAGUGUCGAGUCCUUGACCACACAGAUAGGCUACCUUAACUCAAGUAUGCCAACAAGAGAAUGAGGAUACAAGAGGACCACCUUCCUUUACCUACCUACCCUCCCAUCCUCUGAAAAAUGUAGAACCCUUUGGCCAGCGUUGUAGAAGUGGGGAGUCAAAAGAGAUAAGGAAUGAAGAUGAGUACACGAGAGAGACUUUUAAAGUAUUAAAAAACAAAGACUAGUAGGAUUAAGUCAAUAUCCUAAUUCCCUACUUUGGGGUGGGAAACAUUCCCUUAAUGUGUAUGUCCCUAACUGGGAUCAUGUGAGGCAAAGAUUGAGACAAGCUUGUGCCACUGAAAAUAAAAAUGCAAUAAGUAACUGGCCAUACACUUGAGAGGGCAGAGUCAGGUGGCAGAUUAAAUAGUUUUUAAGGUAGUCUGAGUAUCUUCCCUUUGUUACUUUUUAAGGUAUCUUAUUUGGCAAAAGUUUAAAAGAAAAUUGAGGCCAGUUGAGAGAAAACAUAUCUGGAAACACUUUAGCCAUUACAUGCUUGAAGUAGCCUCAACAAUUUCUCAAUUUGCUGAGUGUACAAUUGGAAUUUGUGUGACAGCCUACUGAUUGGUCAAGAGCCACCAUCUUUUACCCUCAGUGCUUGUGUUGUGGUUUCACCUCCAUAAGUUGUCGUGCUUCUAUUUGGACUUGUAAGUGGACUAAUUGGAAGGCAAGAAUUUGCAGCAGAAAUGGGUCAAUAAAGAGAUACCUUUUAGACUUUGGAUGUCAAUAAAAAUAUUCAGUUGUAAUUUGGUUUCUGGGUCUGUCUUCCACCUAUAGGUAUAUUAACAUCAAAUACAACUAGGAAUAUUAGUAGUGAAGUAUAGGCAAAGUUUCAUUUGGCAAGCUGGGAUUUCAGGUAAGAAUUUGGGAGGAAUUUACUCUAAAUAUGUAGAGGUGAUUCCCCUCCCUCCCUCUUUUACUUGGUCUUACUACUAAAGGUUUUUUUGUAAUAUUGAAAUAGCUUUAAAAGUGCAAAUGGAAUCAUUAAAACAACUACAAUGAA